AGCACUCAGCCUGGUUAUUGAAACAGUUGAAGCCCCUCUUUUCUUCUCUGUGGUAAUGCUGAAUCGGCCAAGCACUACUGUCAUGGUACAGAUUACAUGGGAACGGUACUGGUAGAUAGUGUCAGCUGCUUUUCAUCAUGUUCAGUGCUUUUAUGUAUGCCAGGAACCUUUGAGCAACAACUCACUGAUACGCUUUAACAUUUUUGAUCUCACAUUUUUAAUAAUUCAAACUAUUGCCUCAAUUUCUUCUCCAUGGGCAGGAAAACCGAGGCACUAAUACCUUAAGACCAACAUUUACGUGCGUGCUUGACUUGCAGGACUGCAGUCUGCUUCUUCAAGACUUCUUAGAGCCUGAAAUUUAAUCAGAGAUUGUUGGUGCAUUCUGGUUCCAGAAUGGUGACUACUCCAGAAGAUGUCAGGAAGAAGCAAACUUACACCAAUGUACAUGAGGCAGUGAAAGCUGGUGAUGUAGAACAGCUUGCAUUAAUGGUAAAACGCGGAGCCUCUAUCGAUGAGGUGGAUUCAGUCCACAAGUUCACACCGCUGCACUGUGCUGCACACUCUGGAAGCUUGGAGUGCCUUCACUGGUUGCUCUGGCAUGGUGCUGACGUGACACGUGUGGCAGUCAGAGGCUGGACGGCAGCUCACCUUGCGGCGAUCCGCGGGCAGGAUGCUUGCAUGCAGGCUUUGUUAAUAAAUGGAGCAAACCUAGAAGCUCGAGAUGACCGUGGCUGCACUCCGUCGCACCUGGCUGCAGCCCACGGGCAGUCGUACACAUUGCAAACCAUGCUGCGAAGUGGAGCGGUGAGAGACUCCUACCUGCUGUUCCCUAGGGCAGAGCCAGAGUCUGCUAUCUUUUUCCAUACCAAGCCCUCACUAACUGAGAAUGCAAAUGUUGCAGACAGGAAUGACUGGAAGCCUGUUCAUUAUGCUGCUUUUCAUGGUCGCUUGGGCUGUUUGCAGCUUCUUGUUAGAUGGGGAGCAUGCAUAGAUGAUGUGGAUACUGAUGGAAACCUUCCAGCUCAUUUGGCAGCAGUGGAAGGACACCUGCCUUGCUUUAAGUUCCUGGUCAGUAAAAUGGCCAGUGUCGUGUGUGUGCUGAAAGCCAGGAAUGACCAUGGAGAGACUCCAAGGGACUUGGCUGAGCGGUUCUAUAAAGACAACAUUCUGCAAUAUAUUGACAGUGUGGAAAAAGAGGAGGAGCAUCCAGAGACACAGGAAGUUUUAGCUUUCCCAGCCCAUGAUGCUGCUUUCAGAGGGGACUUGUUAGUACUCAGAAGAUUAGUGAGAUGUGGAGUAAUCAAUAUUAAUGAGCGGGAUGAUAAGGGAUCCACUCUCAUGCACAAAGCUGCAGGACAAGGGCACAUCCAUUGCUUACAUUGGUUGAUUGAAAUGGGAGCUGACUGUGACAUUACAGAUGAUGCUGGAGAGACUCCAAAGGAUGUAGCCAAGAGAUUUGCCCAGCUAGCAGCUGUGGAACUUUUGACCCAAAGAACUGGAGACAGUAACUCUAGUGAUGAAGAACUGGAUGCAAGCAACAUAAAAUUUUUUGAAAGACAUGGUGUGGAAGGGAGUACAGACAGCAAAGAAGACUUAAUCCUGGAUAAAGCAGAGAAAAGGGAUGCACGCAUAAGAGCCUAUCGCAGGAUUCAAGAACUUCAGCAACUUCUGGAAAUUGCCUACAGCAACUACAGACAGCUGGGAGGAAUAACUGAGGAGGAGAGGAAGAUGAAAAAACAUGAAAAGGAGGUUGAGAAGGCCGUGAGGGAGCUGGAGGCGCAGCUGGAAUCCGAGCGAGUCAGGAGGGAAAAGCUGGAGAGCCAGCUGGAUGGCUGCCGCGCCGAGAUCGGCCGCCUCAGGGAGAGCCGGGGGAGAACCCGCAGCCCUGCUGCUCUGCCUCCGGAACCCGAACCCAUCUCCAUUUCCUGCAAAGAGAAGAAGAAAGUGAAGAAGAAUCCACCCUGCAGGCAUGGAGGAGUGUUUGUGAGGCUGCGCUGAGGAAGGAGCCUCAGACACAGGGCUGGCAAGCAGAGGGUGCAGAAUGGCAAUGUCCAGUGCAAAGCACUUGUAGAGCCCAAUUCUGCAGAUGAGCUGUGGUUCAUCAAACUGCUUUCCCAGUUCUCUGGGACAGAAAAUAUUUCUAAAUCACUGCAGCAAGGAAAACAAAAACAGACAAGAAAGAAAAAAAAGAGGGCUUCUCUUCAUGUCCGGGGUAGUUUAACAAGAGCUUUGCAAAUUGGAACAUUCCAAAAUUCACCUGCAGCAAUGUCAUAGGCCCUAGGCUACGAAAAAGCUGCCCUCACCUACUGGAGCUUGGUAUCACUGCCCUGAAACAGAAAAAAUAAAUAAAUAGGAAGCCCCUUACUUCAGCCAGGACCUGUGGGGUACAGACACAAAGAACAGCAUUUGGGGUAAGUCCUUGCAAAAUAGCAGCUGGAUGCCAGGCAACUGACUUUUCAUCUCUAGCCAAUCUGUGCAGGCCACAGAAUGGCUCUCAUGAAUAAUACUUUGGCUGUUUUGAUUCCAAUUAUAAAUCCUUGUGUUAUAAAGGUGAA